CUGUUUCAUCGUUUCUCUCUCCUGCCAAGUACGAAAAGUUUAUUCCACACUGAUGCGCGACGAAUGUGGCAUCGCUUCUAUACCUAUUGUGAAAGCGUGUUGCCAUCCGAUUUGAAAGCGUCUACGGAUUUUCGCAAGUGAUCGAAUCCGGUCUUUUUGCGAACCCCGUGUGCGGAAAGGCGACCAUGUCGGACCCGACUUCAUCAUUUCAAAAUCCCUUCGGAAACAUGCCGAACUCCCCCAUCUUUACAGCUGACCAACUGAAAGCCUUACAGCAACAGUUUCAAAUGAAUCUUAACAACAAUACUGGCUUACCGCAAAACCAAACCAACACUGAUUCUGAAAUGGAAGCUCAGCCAUCAUCUUCUGUUGCUGCGAAGCACAGUACUGCGAAGCACAGUACCGGUCCAUCGUCAACAUCUAGCAGUAGUGACGCGAACCAUUCAAAUCACCACGGACAAGCGUCGUCAACACAGCAACAGUCACAUCAACAACCGUUCUUUGUUAUGACACAGAUACCUAUUCAAGCAACGCCAUUUGCUUACUCAAGUAGCAUGUCUUCCGAUACGCACGUGGUGCAGCCGUCUCCUCAGGUGCAGCCGUCUCCUCAGCUGCAAGCCUUACAGGAACAGCAAAGGCAAUUUCUGCAAAAUUACCAAAGCAAUCCGUCCGCCUCUCCUAUGCCGCAACCAACUCCCCAAUUUCAAGCUCUGCAACAGCAAGUACGCCAACAGCAAGAACAACAAAAGAAAGAAUUUCAACUCUACCAAUCUCAGCAGGCUUGGGAACCUCACUUUGAGAACCGCAGCGGCAACAGCGACAACCACCAACAUCAGCAGCAACACACGGAGACCAACCAUGCGAAGCAAUCGCAGGCAUCACACAAUAAUAGGCAGCAGCGUCCAAAAGAGAUGCAGCAGCAGUACCAACACCAAAAUUCCGGCAUUCAGCCUGAGGCGGAAACUUCGAGCAAUGUGGUGCCCAGCACAAGCUCCAAUAAUACCAAUUUUAUGCUGCAACAGCUCAUGAAGAAUGCCUAUGCAGCACAUCAACAACAGCAGCAGCAGAAUCCGAACCAAAUGUACCCAACGCAAUCCCAGCAGCAGACAAUACAGCAAACUUCGGACAACACAUUAGGUACCAUCUUGUCGAACAGCCAUACCAAAAAUGUGGGAUCAGAAAGUGAUUCCUCGAACAAUCGGCGGCUCUUACUGGGAUCCACCGUUAAACCAGUGCAGCGGGAGGAAAGCAAUAUGAACGUGGAUUUCUGGAAACAGUUCUGGGAUGACGAAGAAAAAACCUCGGCGACAUCUUCCGAUCUUAACAACACCCUGUCCAUGCAAAACUCCAAGCGCACGUUCAGCGACGCAAUGGGUGACGGCUCUGGAACAUCGAUCGGUUCUGAUGACGGCACGAAUGCCAAUCCUCUUCUCCGGCAGCGCUGCGAACCACAGGAACAGAAGUCUACGUUCCAGUCACAAAGCGAGCAACGACGGUGCCCGCCAUUUCAGCAGCAGAAUUCCACGGAAUCACGAAACGUCGAAUCUGACGAAGACGAUGCGAUUGCACCCACCCCGUUGAGCGAAAUUCGUGCCAAACAUUUUCGCAUGCAGACUUCACAAGCAUCCACUGAACCGCCUUCCCCUCAGGUUCCGCACGCUCAGUUGCCUAAAUCAAGCAACACUGGGUCAUCUUCUUCCUCUAUGCAAUCAUUUCAUCACCAACCCAUUCAGCCACAGUUACAACAUCAGUACCAGCAGCCAAGGCAGCAACCUAUUCUUCCGUCUCCAUCGCUGUCGGCGCCAUUUCUGCUUCCGUCAACUAUGAUGCCGCCCUCAUUAUUAGCUAGCGUUUACACGUCCUCGACGAAAGCAACUUCGGAAACUGGGCAACCAAAAAAGAAGCCGGUGUGUGCUGUCUCCUCCAAGUCGGCUAGUGCUGCGCGUACCGAAACACCCCAGCAAGUAUUGGAGCGCAUUUUGACGAGUCGAGGAUACGGAAGCGAUAUUCGAAUCAAAGCAGAGCAAUCCAACUACGAUGCAAUGCCAUCGCCUUUGCAAUUGGCGUCGUUUGGUACGGAGCUGGUCAAGGCCAUUCACACGUCGGAUGUGGACAAGCUAUCCUCCUUGCUAGCUUGUGGUCUGUCUCCGAAUCCUUGCAACCAGUUCCGAGACUCCAUUGUGGAUCUGGUAUGCAAACGUGGUAGCGCGGACAUAUUUCGUUGCCUGGUCGAUUACGGUUGCGAUUUGCGCGUUUGCGACGGGUUCGGGCGUACGCCGUUGCACCAUGCUUGCUGGGGCAGCGCUUUUCACCCCGAAAUUGCCAACAGUAUUCUCCGCAACGACGCGCAGCAAAUCCUGAUGGAAGACAAGCGUGGUCAAACGCCACUGGAGUACGUCCGGGAAGCGCAAGCCGGCGACUGGAUAGACUUUCUGGAGAGUCACAAGGACGAGUAUUUUCCGGCUGGCGGUGCGUUGCCGGCGGCACGAGACAUUCGGGACUCUCGACCGAACGGAUCGUUACCGAAUCCACUCAACGCCUUGCCUUUGGCUUUGGCGGGGGCGUUGUCGUCGGGGCAAAUCACGCCAGAGAAAGUCAGCGCCAUGAGUGCCGAAGAGCGGGGUCGCUACAAUCAGCGUUAAUUGUAUAAGGCGGCUCAACACGUGUGCCUCUGGUGGUGCGGAGAACCAACCUGUAUGCGGAAGAAUGUGGCAUUGUCAAACUUUCUUUUAUCAGCAGACACUUCUUUUUUCUCUUUGCUAGAACUAGCCGAUAGUAGUAUACGCAUGGCUAAUAUGGAUAAAAAUGUGUGUAAUAGUAUAGUUAACUGUAAG